CUCCUGACUGUCAAAUACCAGCUGCUGACGGCACCCCGAGAUCCCGUAACGCACGUCCUUUGAACCCAUCAUUCUCACUUCAUUUCAUCACCUUUAAUUCCCAUUCAUCAUCACCACAAUCCAUGAGAUUCACUUUUCACUUUCCCCUCAUUCCUCACCACCUUUGAACCACCUCUGUGGCUUUGUCACGCUCUAUUCCGGCGGCGUCGACGGCGUAUCAUCCGAUCUGUGGAAGUUCUUCCUAUAGAAAUACAUGGAGUCGAUACUCGCGAGGGCGCUGGAGUAUACUCUUAAGUACUGGCUUAAAUCCUUCACUAGAGAUCAGUUCAAGUUACAAGGACGGACUGUUCAGCUCUCCAAUUUAGAUAUAAACGGUGAUGCGUUACACGCGAGUCUUGGAUUGCCUCCGGCUUUGAAUGUUACAACCGCGAAAGUCGGGAAGUUAGAAAUUAUACUUCCUUAUUUGAGCAAUAGCACAGACAGUGCACAAACGCCAUCCAGUCCUGCAAAAGGCAGUGGAUAUGGAUUCGCAGACAAGAUUGCAGAUGGAAUGACAUUAGAAAUAAGGACUGUCAACCUUUUACUUGAAACUCAUGGAGGUGCUAGACGUCGUGGAGGGGCAACUUGGGCAUCACCAAUGGCAUCUAUUACUAUCCGCAACCUCUUGCUUUAUACCACAAAUGAGAACUGGCAGGCUGUAAACCUUAAGGAAGCCAGAGACUUCUCAAAUGACAAGAAAUUCAUCUAUGUGUUCAAAAAGCUUGAAUGGGAGCAUCUAUCAAUCGACCUCCUGCCUCACCCUGAUAUGUUUGCAGCAUUUUCUGAAGGUGCAUUUAAAGAUGAUGAUGGUGCAAAGAGAGUUUUUUUCGGUGGGGAGCGGUUUCUUGAAGGAAUUUCUGGAGAAGCUUAUAUUACCAUACAAAGAACAGAGCUUAACAGUCCAUUAGGGUUGGAACUCCAACUACAUAUUACUGAAGCUGUGUGCCCAGCUUUGAGUGAACCAGGGCUUCGCGCUCUUCUUCGCUUUUUUACGGGAUUGUAUGUUUGUCUGAAUAGAGGAGACGUGAAUCCAAAUGCUCAAGAGCGAUCAGCUGAAGCUGCAGGGCGUACGCUAGUCUCCAUUAUGGUGGACCAUAUAUUCUUUUGCAUCAAAGAUACUGAUUUCCAGUUAGACCUUUUGAUGCAGUCACUUCUCUUUUCUCGGUCAAGCCUCUCUGAUGGAGAAAUCACCAAAUGUUUAACUCGGGUCAUGAUAGGUGGACUAUUUCUGCGGGAUACUUCCUCUCGCCCACCAUGUGCAUUAGUACAACCAUCAAUGAAUGAUGCUGCAGAGGAACCACUACGCAUUCCAGAUUUUGGAAAGAAUUUCUGUCCUCCAAUAUAUCCAUUAGGAGAUGACCAAUGGAAAUUAAGCGAUCGUGUUCCAUUAAUUUCCCUCCAUUGCCUCCAGUUUUUGCCCUCACCUGCCCCACCUUCCUUUUCUACACAAACUGUCAUUGAUUGCCAGCCUCUUAUGAUACAUCUUCAAGAGGAGUCGUGUCUAAGAAUAUCAUCUUUACUAGCUGAUGGAAUCAUGGUUAAUUCCGGUGACAUUUCACUGGAUUUCUCUAUCAACUCCCUUGAACUAAACAUCAAAGGAACAGACAUCACAAUUCCACUCGAAAAUCAAAAAUCUAAUUAUCCUUCAUUUGAUAACUCCUUCACUGGAGCAAAACUUCAUAUUGAAAACCUAUUUUUUCACGAGUCACCUUCCUUGCGCCUCAAGCUACUCAACCUUGACAAAGAUCCCGCGUGUUUCUGUCUAUGGAAAGGCCAACCAGUCGAUGCCAGCCAGAAAAAAUGGACAGGUGGCGCUUCUGUUCUUAAUUUAUCUCUAGAAACACGUAACAGGAAUGUAAUCAACGAUUCCGGUCUCCAAUCUUCGGAAUUGACAUGUGUAGAAGUGAAAGACGCUUGCAUUCAGGUCGCAAUGGUAACAGCAGACGGGACCCCUUUAACAGACGUCCCACCGCCAGGUGGCGUUGUUAGAGUAGGAAUCGCGUGUGAACAAUAUCAGUCAAACACUUCCGUUGACCAACUGUUUUUCGUAUUGGAUCUAUACGCGUAUUUUGGUUUAGUCAGUGAGAAGAUGGCCAUGGUUGGAAAAAGUAAACGGAAAAAAGCAGUGAAAAGUGAUGGAAAUUUAAUCGAAAAAGUUCCUGGUGAUACUGCGGUUAGUUUAGCUGUUAAAAACCUAAAGCUAACUUUUCUAGAAUCUUCCAUUCAAGAAAUAAUGCCCUUGGUUCAGUUUUUUGGAGAAGAUCUUUUCAUGGAAGUUACACAUAGAACCCUCGGUGGUGCAAUGGCAAUUUCGUCAAUUUUACGCUGGGACAAAGUCCAGGUGGACUGUGCUGAAACUUUUGAGACAAAUUUAAUAAAUUCAAAUGGUAACGAAUUUUGUCUCCCUAAAUUAAGACCCGUUUUUUGGGUGCAAAAAGGAAGGAAUAAGCAACAGUUUUUGAAUUUACGAAUGGUGCAUGUUAUUCCAUAUAACGCACAAGACACAGAGUGUCAUAGUGUAAGUUUGUCCGCUUGUGUUGCUGGUGUACGUUUAGCCGGUGGGAUGAAUUACACCGAAUCGCUACUCCACCGGUUUGGAAUUUUAGGACCGGAUGGUGGGCCGGGGGUUGGGCUUUCUGAAGGUUUGGACCGUUUGUCUGCGGGCCCAUUUUCAAAACUUUUCAAACCAUCAUCUCAUAAAAGCAUAGAGGAGAAGGAUAGCGGUUAUUUGCAAUUGGGUACGCCUGAUGACGUGGACGUAUCACUGGAAUUGAAAGACUGGUUAUUUGCGUUGGAGGGUGCUGACGUGGCAGAAAGAUUGUUUUUCAAUAGAGAAGAGGGAUCGUGGCAUACAACUUUUGAGAGUUUUAAAGUUAAAGCAAACAGCAGGAAAAGUCGCUUAGUAAAUGGGAAGAAUAACUCGAAGCAUCCUAUUGAGUCAGUGACGGUUGGUGUUGAAGGGUUAAAGACGUUGAAACCACAGCAGCAGCAUAAAGGAGUUGUACCUUCAAAUGGGCACAAGGAAAGUGUUGAGCCACAUGGUGGGGUGGAUCUUGAAGCUGACAUAGUGUUAUCUGAAGAUGAUGGUCUUAAUGGGGUGAUUAAGUGGGUGGUGGAAAGUUUGAAAUUUUCUGUGAAACAUCCGGUUGAGGCAAUUGUAACCAAGGAUGAGUUGCAACAUGUUGCUAAACUGUGCAAGUCGGAAGUUGAUUCCAUGGGUCGAAUAACUGCUGGGGUUUUGCGUGUGUUGAAGUUGGAAGGAUCAAUUGGUCAGACAGCAAUGGAUCAACUAAGUAAUCUUGGAAGUGAAGGGUUUGACAAGAUCUUUUCAGCAAAUAGUAAUGGUUCUUCUAGUGUUGUUGGCUUGAGUCCAUCUUCCUUAUUGGCUUCAGAUGACAAACGUAGUACAUCCUUGGGUUCAACUUUAAGCUCACUUGAGGUGGCAUUAUUAGAUACACACACCAAUUGCACAGCUCUUGCUGCUAACUUAAGCACUUCUGAGUCCACCAAGCCACACCUUCAUAGUGUACAAGAACUCACUCUGAAACUCGAGAGUAUGCAGAAAUUAUUGGCCAAGUUGCAGACUCAACUCUAAUUCCACCUUCUACAUUAUUGCUGUGGUUGUACAAUUUCGGUAUUGUAUGGUCUCUCCCUUUCCCUCUUCCUAGAUAUAUGCAUUCUUUUGUGUAUAUAAUAGUGUUUACAUAUAUUAUUAUUAUUAUUUACCAGCACAU